AUGGUGCAGGUAUAUGUGGAUGGAACAACUACCAUAUCUACUCAUGAAAGGAAAGCUAGCAUUAGAGAAUUCUAUGCGGUAAUUUAUCCGUCUUUGUUACAACUUCAGAAAGGGGUUACAGAUUCAGAGGAUAAGAAACAGAAAGCUGUUUGUAUGGAGAGGUAUCGAAAAAGAGACAAUGAGGAUCAUCAACAACAAUCUGAUAUAGACAUUGAAAGAGAAGAAUGUGGAAUAUGCAUGGAAGUGAAUAGUAAGAUUGUGUUGCCUAACUGCAUCCAUGCUAUGUGCCUGAAACGUUACCGUGAAUAUUGUUUAUGUCAGCUUUAA